AGCCCACGCGGAUCCGUCGCUAUGGAGAACAGCUCUCCAGGAGCGCGAGCCAGCCAGCCAGCCAGCCACAGAAAGAAGAGGGACGAGCGAGGAGGAGGACGGACGGAACCGAGAGUGCCACAGCGCACAAAGCAGCAGCAGCAGCAGCGGCAGCAGACCGGAAUCAUGGAGAACAUAUCCCCGUUCAGGAGGACUUUAUCACCCAACGGACUGCGACUUUUUAUCUCACUUCUCGCCCUUUACGGACUUACCUGUGAGUUUUAACCGUUUCUUUGUCAUUAGGGGCUCGUGCUACUUUUUGGUGGUGGUGGUGGUGGUAGGGGGGGCUCGCCUAAAGAAGUUGUAGUUGUAGUGGGGCAGGUCGCGGUCUUUGAAAGUCCCCGGUUUGAAACGGAAAACCCGGCUGGUUCCGACGGUGUUGGAGUUGAAUGUGUUCCGUUGGAAACGAGCUAGCUGUAUUGAAGCUAACGGUUUUUGCGUUUUAACAGUUUAUUGUGGCGUUGCGUAGAUUGGAAAGUGUCUUGCUGGCGCCAGUUAACCGUUAACCGUUUAUCCCAUUGAAUUAAACUUUUCUAACGUUAACCUCCAUCACUGAGAGAUACUGCUGUUUAAAACGAGCUAACAAAAUGAGCUUUUUUAGCCUCACUGACUGCACUCCUGACAGGGAACAAGUUAACACUCUUCGGUGAGUUGGUGGCACAUUUUCUAGCUAACCAAUUUUCUAGUUGGUCACAUCCUGACAUCAUGACUUUGCUUUCAUUUCUGAAGGAGUGUAAGGGAAAUACUGACUGUUCUCUCUCUGUGCAGGGGUGUGCUUAGACUUUCUUUUGACUGUGGUGGCCCAGCUGAGGCAUGAAGUUACUGAGGGAUGGUGGCUGAGAACCGCCAAUGCUGCAAAUAAGAAAAUAAUUAAGUAAAAUGAUAAUAAUAAUGCAAAAGAAAAAAAGGAAAAAAAGAGAGAAGCCACAUCUGAAGUUACUGAUGCAAAACAAGCAGAAACCAAAGCCCGCUGCAAAUAAUAAAAGAAACAGUGCAGAUAAAAGAAAAGUCAUAUUGGAAGUUUACGACGCAAAAAAAGUAGUGAUGCAUAAAAAAAGUUACUAACUGCGAAAAUAAAAGGAUGCAAAUAAAAAUGGCCACAUUGAAAGUGAGCUGCCAGACACCAAUAAUGAUAAUGCACUAGUGUUUCCCAAUGUAGGCACUGAAUACGAGCAAAGAAGUUAGUGGAAAGGUUAUUGUUUAAUUUCGCUUCAUGUGCUUUUUAAUGUGUCAUUUGGUCAGGCCAUGUAGCACCUGAUUCGAUAUGAAGUUGAACUAAAGCUAGCACUACACCGGCAUCCUCCAGUUCAACUUCAUAUCGACUCAGGCGCUACAUGGCCUAACUAAAUGACACACUGAAAAGUUUACGAAGCGAAAUUAAACAAUAACCUUUCCACUAACUUCUUUGCUCGUCUUCUCGCCGUCGUCUUCUCUGCCUAGAUUGUAAAAAAACGGUGCAUUGUCAUUAUUGGUCCCCGGCAGCUCAUUUCCAUUGUGGCUUUUUUAUUUGCAUCCUUUUAUUUUCGCAGUAAGUAACUUUUUUUCUUUUUAAAUUUUUUUUUUAUUUUUUAUGCAUCACCACUUUUUUUCUGCGUCGCUAACUGUUUCUUUUAUUAUUUGCAGCGGGCUUCGGUUUCUUCUUGUUUUGCAUCGGUAACUUCCUAGUGGCUUCUUUUUUUUUUUUUUUUUUGCAUUCUGUUUUAAUUUGCAGCAGUGGCAGUUCUCGGCCACCGUAGCUAUGGAGUAUGAGUGCACACAAACUAGUCCUAUAUUUACCAGGGAUGCUGUACUGCUGUAACACAUCCAUCAACACUGAUUAUAUUAUUUUAACUCUGCCCUUAUAAAGGUUGAAGUUACCCUACAGUUUUACAGUACCUGUUGACGAUGUUGCACCAUGUAAGUGGUUUCUGCAAGUUGAGACUCUUUUCUUUUUGACUGGGGUGGCCAAACUUGGGCACUGAUUUCUGUAGGGGUAUUUUUCCUGGGGUGGCCUCUUACCCUUAAAUGACUGGAAAGUCAUUGUGGAGCAGCAGUGUCUCGUGGUGCACAGAAAUAGUGAUGAAAUUGAGUAUUCUGGGUGUCACUUCUGUUGAGUGAAGAGGAGCUCCUUAGUGAAAAGUUUGUCAAGCUGUUUAAUGCAGAUGGGGGGAUAAAUGUUAUGUGAUACAGGACAGGAGAAGCAGUGGAGACUGCUCCGCUUUGGGAGUGAGAGGUGGCAGGGGAAAUGAAGACAUAUUUCAAGGGAGGCACUGCAGUCGCAUAGUCUCUGGAAGUAUUGACCUGCAGUUGGGCUGCAUGCCAGAACAGCCGUGUGGAGAGAGAGGGAGCACCUUCCAGUCACUGUGCUGUCCUGAGAAGUGCAGCUGGAGGGCUCCGUUGGGAUUACCACACAUGUCGGGCCUGCUAAGACAAAAGAAGAGACAAACAUUGAUGGAUGCUAAUGUAAAUACUGUUCAGGAAUGCACCAUGUGUGUUUUCUUGUUUGUUUUGUUUUGUUUUUUCAAGGGUAAUAAAAGGCAAGCUCAGUUAUGCAGUGGUAGCAGUUUCUUAAAGAGCACCAUAAAACAUUUCUGGCAUGAAUAACUGCAAUAAGUAACAUACCUUUAAGUAUGACAGCCACAAAGCUACAUCUGACAUUGGCCAGAACAUAGGUAUGAAAUUGGGUCUGCAUUUAAUGGAACUUUUUUGUCUUACUGACAGCCAAGAAACCUUAAACGAAACAGCUUAUAUUGACAGAUUAGCAAAAACAUUUGAGGGGUGAAAUCGCAGAUGUCGUCUGGCAGUACUUAUAAAAAAUAACCCAAAAUAUAACCAAACUGGUACUGGAUUUGCUUGGGCUAAAUUUGGUUUUAUCAUACAGAGAGACUUGAUAAUAUCACCCAUCUCUCUAGGUCGUCCUCAGACGAGCCUUCCAUCGUUGCUUCCAGUCAUCCCGAUUCUCCAUACAUCUCACCAGUUCGUUGGUAGUUGGCAGUUCCCGAUGCCCUCGGCAGUGUCCUGCUAGUCUCAUUCUCCUUACAGCAAUAUUCUCGCUCACCCUUGGUAUUCCCUCGUACAGUGUUCUGUUGGUUACAUGUGCAUUCUUGCUGAUGUUAAGCACUGCACGCAACAUCCUGGUGUAGCACCCAUGGCAGUGGGUUGUUCAUGAUUUUGGCUAAAGAUACCCAUGUUAAAUUGGUAACAUAUCUCUCUGAGUUGAUGAGUGGAAAAAUAGUGAUGACUAACUUUUUGAAUACAGAUCUUAUUUAACAUUCGACAAAUAUUCAUAUACAUUACACAACUGCAAUCAGAAAACAGUGGCUGAUAUAUCCUCCCUGCAGAUCCAUUUGUCAAGCUUCAUUCUGUAGCAUCUCCAAACACUUGCGACACAUACUUUUACAGAGUCUUUUACAUACCAUUCCUUUUCUGUGUCUGCCCACUAAACACUAGUUCAUAAAUCAACACAGGCUUCUGAUAAACAAGGCGCAUUUCAAACUAAGCUGAUUAGCCUGGAAAUGAGCGCUGUGUGGUGCUAUGUGUGUGUGUGCAGGUUUUUCAGUCUUAACCGGUCGCCCAGACAGCCAAAUUAGCUGAUGAUUAACACAGAGGACAAACCAGCCGGAGAAAGGUUAGGUUUGGUGUCGUGUUUGAAAUAGACACGCGUGCAGGUUUUGGACUCAACAUAUGGUUACAGCCCAUGUGGCCAAGCCCGCUGUUGUGUGUUUAGCCGAGCACGAGCGUGCAGGGGGGAGGACUUUGUGACAAAAACAGGGUUGAUGCCAACUUCCUUUACUGUGCCAUUUUCAGACUCCCUGUAAGUGUAGACAGAGCUGUGAGGAGGGGAUUCAGUCAAGGCGUGUCUACAGGCAGUCAGGUCUGUAAUUGAAGACCGUAGUUUUGAGGUUUCUUCUCUUGGGGCUGUAUGAUUCAUAAUCUAAAUAAAUAAUGUUGUAAUGGAGCCACCUAAAUUACAGACCCAAGACAGAAAUAGAUUUGAAGAAAGAGCGCACUGACUGAGCAGAUUUGGAUCUUGUUUAGGUUUAUGUGCUUCAGUGAUUAUUAAUUGAGGACAAAAUGAUAGCUAAGAAAGUAUGUCUGUCCUGGAAAAACAUUUAGUGUAGCCACAGUUUUGCCAUGGCAUAACACAGGGCAAAUCAGGUCAAGACAUUUUUGGAGCUUUUGUUUGGGAGGGGAGUGGUUCAAAGUAGUUCACAUACCCACUCUGAACAUCAAACACAGAUGAGUAGAUGCAGAGAAAGAUGACUGUAAAAAUGAAUUCACCAGAUACUUUAACCAUUUUCUCCAGCAGUAUUCAUCAAGCAAUGAUUUGGCAAAUUUAAGCAUCAUGAAGAUGUCUGGUGUUGAUUAUCUACCUUAGUUAUUUGCUAUUGAAAUUACAAGCAAGAAAGGGCUUUUGGGUGCAGCUGUUGGCCUCAGCUGUAGCAUCCAACUGAUCCUCUCAUUUAAUCUUAAAUCUCAGUUGUGAGGCAGCAGGCGGAAAACUCCUAAUCACAUUAAAUGCACGCAGUGUUUUCUUUUUGAAGGAAGGCCAUCAGCAGAUGAGUUGGCUGCUUUAUUGUGGAACACGGAGGCUGUGUGUGAGGGGGUUCAGGGAGCAGCCUGUGGUCACCAGCUUCUGUUGACUCCACCCUUUGCUUCCUCUCCCCCGACAGAUGUGAGUGACUGUCAGCGGCUUUGUGUGGCAAGCUGUUCCCCUGUGGUCCAUUAGUGAAUUCAGAGCUUUAACCCCCAGUUUUUGCUCAUCCUUGGACUUGAUUACUCUCAGUCCACUUCUCUUACAAGCCCUUGUCAGACUGCUUUAGGACUCCUCAACACACACCAAAAACAAUUACCUCUUCCUUGUGUUAAAUCUUAUUCCAAUAGGAAUGAAGCUGGUACUCUGCCAUUUUGCUUGCACAAAAACUUUACUUCAUAAAGAAAUCCAGCUUAUCAUCAAAUGAUUUUCAAAAAACUCUUGAUACUGCACUCAAACAGAUUGAAAACCCAAGCUUGUGAGGAAACUACUGAUAUCUUUCAGAAUAAACACAUAUCCAUUUUUUUUUAACUUAAUUUUUAUUGAAGUACUUACACCAUUAACAUAAACUGUCUUUGCUUCAAUAAAGGUACCACAAGUUCCCAUCUUUCAAUAAAGGAGGCCUUCCCUAAAUAGAUAAAGUAAAUAGAUAAAGCAACAAUAAAUAUGUAUAUAUAUAUAUAUAUAUAUAUAUAUAUAUAUAUAUAUAUAUAUAUACACCAUACUUUGGCAAGAAAGAACUGCAAAUUAACUUCUGUGUGAGUAGUGUUGGUUGGACACUACCCUGCCUAACUGUUUUAGGAAAUGUUUAAGCCUUUUUAAUGUUACUUAAUGGAUCUUUCAAAGAUUUGCAUCUUUGGUUGAAAUGAAUGGACUGGGGAAUUUGUUCAAAGUACAGGAUAAGCAGGUUUAAAGCGUUGAGACGUAGACUAAGUCAUUGUUAAAAUGAGUCUUUCCAUUUGAUUUAAUGAUAAUGACGCAAAUAUAGAACCAAACCUUACCCAACCGUCUGGGUUUCAGGGCCAGUUACAGUGCUUUGGUUGCAUUCAUAAUUUUGUACUUCCUAUCAAGGUCUACACUGGGAGUUACCAGUCAUUAAGACCACAGCUCAUUGGAAAUUAGCCAUUCAAAACAGUGAGAGACAUGCAAAAAUACUUGGAAAAUAAUAACAUUGAGGAUAACUUUUUUUUUCACUGUGUGUUAGCUUGCAUGUCUUGUCUGCUGAUUAAAUCUUGGAGACAGGAAUCGACCGUUUAAUCACUGAAUCAUGAAACUGUACUGUCUAAAUGGCUUCCAGAUAUUUCCAUGCUUAAUUACCUACUGUGAAUGAACAGAGGUAGACCUUUAAAACUCUUUUUUGCCUGCUGCUUUCAGGAGUCAGGGUUUUCCCCUGAAACAACAGAUCACAGUAUGUGACUGAGGCUGGGGUCAUUUGGAUACACUGUGCUCCACAGCUUAUACUAAAGAGGUGUACUCAGGAUGUGCACAGUCAGCAGCUGAACCCCCCAGGAAAGGAGUGCCGGGGUUAUGGGAAACAGGUGUGGCUGCUGUUCACCACUCACUCUUGUUUCAUUCAGCUGUCAGGUGGUUAUGAUGUUUGGGAUGAGCACACAGUCGGUUGUAUACACUGACACACCCCCUACCACCCAAGUGGGAGAUUAUUAACACCCACCAGUCAAAUACUGGGUAGAGCUGAUUGGAGCAAGGGAGCUAUUGGUGGUGCUGUCCUUGUCUGCUUGUACACAAGAAGUAUGGUGUAGCUUUUUAUGUUUUCAACUGUGUUUUCAUCACACGUUCACUUACCUCCAUAGUUGAGUACAAAGUUUGGUAUUACAGGGCUUGACACUAACUUUUUUCACAAGUUAAAAAAGUAGGGAGCACACAAAGAACUUUAGGGGCACAAUGAAAAAUUAUUAUAUAAUAUGUGUCUUAUUGGUCGACAUAAGUAAUAAUAUUUGGAAUCAAUUUUAGGUCAGUUGGUCACAUGACGUGGAAGCUAUUGAAGGAAAACAGCCUUUUUUGAGACAUCAAACGGUAAUUUAUUGAUGGUCCCUUAUUCAGUACCUGACGUUGACAGUGAGGAUGCUGAGUAGAUUUAACUGCACUGUUGUUGCUAUUCUCGGUUAUGGAGAGUGAGAAGACACCGGUAGAUCCUCAGUGAAUGUCUGUAAGAUAUUUCGUGGUAUUUACAUGAAAACACAUUUGUUGCCUUGGCUGAUUUUUUUAUGCGCACAUGUGCCCCUAAAUACAUUUUACAAUUCGCAUACAUCUAAUUUUUAGUCGCAAAUGCGGGUGAAACGGUCGCACUGUCGAGCCCUGUGUUAGAAGGAAAUACAUAGAAGACUUCAGCCACAGUUCUGGCCUUUUUUUAAAGUGUUAACUUCUCACUGUCUGCGUUUGUGAUGUUUUAUCCAGAGAGUUUUUAGUGUUUUAAACAAGUGAUGGCAUCACAUUUUGGUACUACAUCUCAGCACCCACCCUCUGCCCUCAUUGUCUGUGCAGUUUUAUCAGACACACCAGCACUGAUGGGGAAAGAAAGAGCUGUCCCCUACAUAUGAGGUCCCUUAUUUGGUUCAUUGAGCAGCCCCCAGCUCCUGAAUGCAGAUAUGCUGCAGUAAUGGGUUGCAGAGGAUUUUGCACGAAUAUAUCCCUGCUGGGUUUUAGCCAAAUUAUUUUGUAUUCCCACAGCGUCCCCCGCUCCACCUCCAAUGUCCACAUUACUUGCUAAACUUUGGUCUGCUGAUCUUGCCUUAAUUUCUGAUGCUCACCUUCUGUUUGGAUGAGUCUUAAAGCUGUUUAUCUUUCACUUCAGUUUUCUUUUCCAUUUUAAACUGAUGAAGGAAGUCUGAUUAUGAGUUGCUGCUCUGUCACACAGGGGAAAAACCAUAGAUUACUGCUCACUGCUGACAAACAUCAUAGUUAAAUGUAGCAGCUAUGUUUUGUCCCUACUAUGAUUGUGAAAAGGUCAUAACAAAACAAAUGGCCACUUCUAUUUUAGGCCUAAAAAACAAGGUUACAGUGCCAGCACAUAGAUUGCAGUACAUUUUGAGGGGAGGUUGUCACAGUCUGUUUGCUCAUCAACCCACAGCUUUUAGAUGAAAAAUAAAUGAUGUACCUCUGCCAUAUGCUCUCAAAAUAUUUGCCUUUAACAUCCAAGUGAGCUUUAUAUUAUGGGAACAGUAUGUCAAACCAGACAUGUAACAUGAGUCCCUGAAAAAAUACACUUGGAUGUUGUCUUAUCAACUUUUUUUAGGGAAUUAAAUCUCUCUAGACUAGUAAGAAGGGGAGUGGGUGUAAAUUGCAAAAAGAGUUUGUUUAAUAUCAAAUAAAGUCCAGACUAAGCUGUUGAAGUUAAAGGAUGUAGAUCAACAUUUUGCAGUUUGCCAUAUAUUUCAUAUCCUUGUCUUUAUGUGUGCUUUUGACAGCUUUGAUUUCUCUUUUAAACACAUUAUCCCACAUGACCCAGGCACCUAAAUCUCCUUGUUCUUACUGCUCAAAGUGGGUGGUGGAGUAAAUCAAGAGUAUGGUGCCGCUUUAAUCUGUUGCAGAAACACGGUGAGAGUGUAAUGUGCUGGGAAAAGUGGUUGUUGUGCCGGGAAAAUGAACUCCCUCUGACCAGGAUAAUGCUGCUGAAAUGCCACAGUGACCGCACUACUUACUGUUUUUAUUGACCACUGGAUACAAGCAGUACAGAGGCAGCUUUUCAUCGGAUUGCUUUCGUAGCUUUCCUGUUGUUUCGUGGUGAUUGCUGACAUUUGCAGUGAUGCUAAUUGCUCAAGAAUGUCUGAAGAAGCUUCCUGCAUCAGUGUAUUUCUUUAUUGAACAUUCAUCAUUAAACCAAGAUAGAGAAAUAGACUAACCUCCCCAGGUUUCAUCGAUUAUUGGACUCUGUCUUGUUUAAAAAUAUAGGUUAUACAACACGUCUUCUUAAAAAGUUAUCAGACUCUGUAAUGCUAUAAACUGAUAAUGCGCAAAAUCCAGCUAUACUUUUUGAUUGCGUUGAUUGAUCUUUUUGAAUUACAGCGAACAUAAUCUGAUAAACCAAAGCAGAUGAUGGAGCUCUGCAGAUUUCCAGAUGAUACUAGUCCAGUGAGCCUUGUCUGCAUGUGACGGUUACUGGCAUGUAUAUCUCUUGUUAGAAAAAAUGACUACACAUUGUUGCUGCUUCUUGGCAGAAAUGGGCCUCACACAAAAAGGUCUAAAAUUGUACAAUGAUGGGAAUCAUUUUGAAGGAAAGCAGUUUAAUUCCUUUGGGGUCUCUGUGGCAUGUGGGAAACUAUGUUUCCAUUAUGUUAGAUGGGGCUAAUGAAAGUACAGUAGCCCAUUUACAGGCAGUCAGGGGCAGUGGAGUCUGUGAUUAGUACUACAGAACCCAUUCUCUCUUUCCUGCAAAGCUACACUCAACUCCACUUUUCAAAGAUCCAUCUUUGCCCCAAUGUAAGAAAAGUGACAUGUAUUUUGAGGCAUUCAUCAGGAAAUGACAAUGACAUCAGUGAAGGAAAACUGUAUAAUUGUUGACUAGCAGGCCCUGAAUUGUAGAUAUAUCUUGUGAGAAUUCCAGAAGGUUAGCAGAAGAAAAUUGUAAGCCAUAAAAUAACACUUGAAGAAAAGAGGCUAAAAGUUGUAUUUAUUUAAUUACCCAAACCGUUAUUCAUAGUUGACGACAUCUGAGACAUGAUUUCGGUUGUCCUUGAACACUCAGCCCUCUAGCACAAGCAGUAAAGAUGCACUCGAUAAGUUAGCAGCUGCUGACGUGAACAUCUUUCCUCUCUUGGUACAAAUGUAACACUACUGUGGAGUGAUUAGAGGCUAGUGCAGUUCCCAUUAGCAUUAACAUGUUAGGGUUGUUGUACACUUCAGCUCUAAUUGAGAAAGACUCCAAUUGUACCUUAUCUCCCAAAAAAGGAAGCUCCAUAAUGAAGUUGCUUCUUUGGGCCGGAGAUUGAACCAUGCCUUCCCUUUCCUCUGACUCUUUGUUUUUGUUGAUAGAAAAAUCUACAUUUUGUUGUUGAUGAACUACCUGCACGGGAAACUAACAUAGCUGCCCACAUCUGGAUCUGCACUAUUGUGUUCAAACACUGAAAUACCACAAACCCCCUCAACAAACUAACAAAUCCCACACAAUGAUCCAGGAUGCUGUAGGAGUGUUUGUGCUGCUUUGAUACACAGUGGCACUGGCAGACAUUGUCCUUUACAAUGGCUGUAGUUGACUUGGUUGAGAGGUUGUAACCUGUCCUGACACUUUGUAUGUCAACGCUAUUGAUCUUUUUCUUUUCAGCAUGGAUCUUUAAUCAAAUUUGACCUGGAUAAAAAGGACAUGCAAGUCCGCAUCGCUAAGUGGAAGCAAUGAGAAAAAGGUUUUCGAGAGGACAGUGACAUGUGAGAGAGGCCUGCCUGCUCCCUUUUUAAAGGCCUGUCAGCCUCUGUUUGUCUCCACCAUGAAUUAGCCCACUGAAAAAGCCUCACGCCCUCACAGGAUACAAUGCAAGGAAGGAAGGGGGGUAGAUUAGCUGGUGUAGAGACGAAUGUUUUCUUCACACUGCACAAAUAUUUCUUACGAUAAAGGCACGCUAUAAAACAGGCAAUUCACCACUUGGCUUAUCCUGUCUCGCACUGAUUGAGACUGAGUUAUAGGCCUCACAAAAAUAAAGCAAAGGUCUGGGGGUUUGUGUUAGGCAUUGUACCUUCUUUUUCUCCCUGAGGUCACGUCUUUGGAGAGGAACAAUACCAAACAAAUGGCUUCACAGUCCCAGUUGACUUCUUUGAGAGUGCACUGGUGAAAGGCCCAGACUACAGUGACACAGCGCAAGAUCCUCUCGUAGAUUUUGGAAACUAUUCCCAGAGAAGUGCAGUUGGUUCCAUUUUGUUUUUUGUGUGUGUGUGUGUUCAAGUGUCCCAUCUAUGGAACACAACUUUUUUUACCCAGAAGCCUAACUUUUUCACUGUCCAAUGAGUCCAUCAAGUCAAUAUAAGAGCGCAUCCACACCACCCUCGUUUUGUCCGGUUGAACCGAACCCUGGAGUGUUUACCCCCUUGGUGCGGUUCUUUUGGGUCGGUGUGAACGCUGACCUCGAACUCUGGUGCGGACCAAAUAAACGAACUCUGGUCCGCCUGAAGAGGUGGUCUCGGGCCGGUAUCAAGUGAACUCAGGAGCGGUUCAUUUCUGGUGUGAACGUCAUCCACACCAGUCACAGGAAACGCACCACACCUCUCGUCUUUAUCCGUCUGUUGUUUGCAGCACGUCUACUCCGGAAUCUAUUAAUUAAUGUCGCAGUUCACGCUCACUGGCUAACGAGUCGUUCAUACGAGCGAUCGACUAGCGUCUUUUGAUACGCGCCCCAGAUGAGUAGCUAAAGCAAAAUCAGCCUACGAUGCUUAAUGACAGGCGAAGACAGCAGAGCGGGGUUUGUAUUCCCACAUGAACUAAUGACCAAUAACCGAAAGAUAUUUGCGGCCACGAGACUUCCAGUUCUGUUUUUCUGGAGCGAUUGAGUUUGUCCUUUGUGAACGCAAACCGGACCAGUUAAACAAUCAAAAUUAAUGUAUCGUCUUGCCUUGGAUUCGAAUCAGGAAACGGAUCUUUAGGUGUGAACACGACCUGAGUUGAUUGUUUUUUAGCUGAGUCACAGAGUCACACGUUUAUCCAUUGUCAUAGAUUAAUUUGGAUUCUGGUCUUGGGGUUGGAUUGUUGCCAAAGCAGUUUUCAAAUGUAUGUUAAUGAACAUUUUUGGAAACUGACCUUGAGAAUCAGAUGGAAGUUUAAUAGCCAGCUAAUGUUGCCAUUGGCUAACACUGAACUAAGAGGCUUUAGUGCCUGAAAGGAGUGUGAAUUACUACGCUCAUUAAACAGUAAUGAAACACUGCCCUUCAGCCUGUGUCCACCACCUUCUACACACACUUAAAAACUACCCAAGCGGGAAAGAGGGUGAAGACCAGGCAAGUUAAAGGCUUCGAAAAGAUUGUGAGAGGAGCAAAACCCUUUCAUAAUUCUUUUUGGUUUGGUCUCUUGUUGUUAAAGUUUUGUCUAUAAUCUCCGUAUCACUUUACUUUCACAUCUUUUUGCAGAAUUAGUUUGCCAAAGUUGUUAGCAUCUCUGAUUUUUUUCAAACCCGGUGUGGGGUCUCACAUUACUCGUAUUCCCUGACAUGUAAAACACUUCAGUCUGGCAGUGUCUGCAUACUUUUUUUCCCAUCAUCUUUUCUCCUUUCUUAUUUAUUGACUCGGAGUACCCAAACAUUAGAGUUAAAACCCACUGGAGCAUCCACAGUUCUCAUUCGCCACUUUUUGCUGUGCUACAUUUGCAGUAGCACGCAUUGGGCAGAGGAUGAUGGGUAUACAUGGAACAAUGGUCUCUGGAGUUCCCACUGUCCUUCCCCUGAGACAAAACUAUGUUACAUAAAACUGCACACUGCUACUGAAGUGGUGAGACACCGUUGUUCCUCUGAUAUAAAAUUAAUGAUACCAUUACAGCUGUAUACGACACGCUCACUUUCCUGUUACAAUGACAGUCUGAGUGUGAUUGGAAUAGCUGAUAUUUUAACUCGAAUGAACAGCUAAAAAGAACUAAAUAAUAAAAAAAAACAAGCUGCAGUAAAUCUGUCUGGCUGCUACUAGGUUGGUAUUUGUUCUUAAUGAUAGAGGACAUAGCUAAAAGGUUGUUAAAAGGGUCACAGAUACUCAGUAUUUUGGAUAAGUUUACAACAAACUCGGUGGGAAAUGAAACCAAAGAGAAGCAGAAUAAUUGUGACUAAUGAUGUCAAUUGAAAACAUCAUAGUUCACAGACCAAUUUUCGGGUUCGAUGGUUAUCACCAUUAUGGUUGUUUCUCAUGCUGCGAGGGAUUAUUACUGACAUUAGAGCUUGGCUGACUUUUUAAACCUCUAGAUGAAGUGGUAAAUAGUAUGUUUUAAUACGUGGCAGGAUUCCAACCUGUCUGACAAUGUGAAAAAGAGUGUGUUGUAACAUUAACUAUAGGUAGAGUAAGGACUUAUGUUGGUAAAAAAAAAAAAAUCCUGUUAUUAUUAUUAUCCUGUCUAUUUACUGCUGCUGAAAUGAGCUGUCAGCCAACAGGGAUCUCAUGCUACAACAGCAGUCCUGGUUUCCUGUAUUCAAAGAGCGUACUGUACAUGUGUUUGUAAUAGUAGUUUUCAGCAUGGACUUCUGACCUUGUUCUGAUACAAACUUGGUGGUCUCCUUCACUCAGACUGUCAUUGCCUGUCAUAUAUUUGAAAGUUGUAAAAGUGAUUGGCCCAGCCUGGUGUCUCUUUUUUCUGCCCUCACAUAGUUCACACACUAGUUCAGCACUUUUCUUCUGUCCCUUUGACUCCUCUCCUUCCUCUCAAUAACUGCCCUGUAUCUGCCUCUGUGUCCCUAUUCUUUUGCCUUACUGUAUUCAUUUCCGAAUGCUGAGCACUCAAAGUUUCCUCUUGCUCUAGUCCCAAACCACACUCCCUUUCUGCAUAGAUCUAAUGUCUGCAUUCUUCUCCUGUGAGGUCUUCAGAUCAGUCCCUCAUGAGUGCCGUUUGACAUGAUAAUCUAUGCAUGGAGUUUGUCUACAUGAACAUGACAUAUUGUCUAUUUUGUUGUUGCUCGUGAAUGUUUCUGGCCUCCCCCUGUCUCACACGCUCCUGACAUGCACGGCAAGCUUGAUUGCAAGGAUCUCGAGCCAGGAGACAGCCUGCUCUUGAGAGGUCUGGGCUGAAGCUAGGUCAGGUCUGAGGAGGUGGAGAUUUUGGCCCAUCAUGUGGCCGACGUGGACUGUUUAAGCCGGUUGCCAGGCAAAGAGGAAGGUUUUGAUUUACCAUUACAUCUCUGGAGCAGCUUGUCGCAAUUAGUGAUGUCAGGAGGGAAAGAAACAAAUAUGAAGCAUUUCUUCAAAGGGCGAGCAUUUCCCUCUCAUGAGUUCAUUCUUUCCAUGGAUUUCUCAGGGAAAAGAGGGCAAAAGUGCAGUCGACUCCUCUCUGGUCACAUUAGGUUUUGCAGGCCAGAGUUUAUUCUUUUCUCUGGUGCAGGAUGUAACCCUUUAAGUUGACUGAAUAGGACACUAAACAGGGUCAUAACAUGAAAAAACAUCUUUAUAUUAAAGCUUUCAAACACUGAACUUAAUGCGUUUGUUAGAUGAGAUAGAUAGCAGGCGAGGAAACUCCUGACAGCCCUGAACUGUGUCUCAGCUCUGCAGCACUAUGUCCUCUGUGAAAAAGCACGACAGUUUUGUUUAAGGCACGGCUUACGUUAUAUUUGCCUGCAGUAUUUUAGAUAAUAUUUCGUUGUGCUCUAGUUUGCAAGCCCUGGCCCUGUUCUUCAUGAUCUCAGCUCGCAGUGCCAAGUUUUCCCACUCUCCUCCUGGCUGUAGGUAUCCCAUGCAGAGGCCAUCUGUCUCCUCUCCCCUAAUGGUAAGGGUGGAGUCCUCUUCAGGCACUUCCCCCCUUUCUCUCCCUCCUUUCCUACUUGCUCCCAAAUGCUCACUGUAAAACAAACAGUACAUAGCAUGGAUGGAGUCUUGUUUCUUUGUAUGCUUUGACAGGCCUGAAAGCUGACACACCGAGAUAGACAAACUACGUACGGUAGCAGUUGGGGUGUCGUGUCAGGUAGCUGCAGUAUGUAGAGCACGUUAGGGAGAAGGUUGCUCUGAGACACGUGUCUGCAUACAUCAACGCAAUGUCACGCAUGCCAGGCAUGUUGGUUUACUACUAAGACAACAAGUCCUGCAGUAGGGUUUUUAACAGCCCUCCAUCUGCAUUCUGGAUACUGUUAUAUUUGCAAACAUGAUCUCACGCUAAAACUUUUUUUCAUAUUUGCAUAAUUCUGUUUAUAUUGAUUUUUCGAACAAGUAAGGUGACUACAAACAGCUGUUGUGUCAGCUCAGAUGACCAUGGAGACGAGAAUGCAAAACCCCACACAGCUCUGACCCUGAUUCUCCCCCACACUAGUGCACCCAGAGGACUGUGGCAAGCGCAAUGCAAACAACACAUGCACUGCAAAGCGCAUUAAAGCAGCAAUCGGGGCUUAUUUUAGACCGUGAUUCAGAGGUGGGAAGGAGAUGUAAAUGGAUCCCUUAAUGAUUGUGGAGAAGUGGAAUAAUAAUCCAAAAUGACUUUCCCAAGUGGCUUUUUCAAAUGACUGAAGAAAGGCAGGCUGAGUUAAAUACUGUAGGUUAAAAGGUUAAACACCUAAAUACAGUGUAGAACUCCGCUGGAUUAGUUACACAGCAAGGCAGGAGACACAAGGAAAAUAUUUUGAAAAUGUGGGUCAGCAGAGGAAAAAAAACAAACAGGAAAGCCCAAGUAUUAUAGCACGGCAUGAAACUUCACAACAAGAUGCAACGUACAUUUAGGACUCAGCAGCCAUUCAAACAAAACGCCCGAGUCUUACGCACAUGGUCAAACUCUUAUUCCUUAUUUUGGAAGAGAGAAACUCUGUGUGUGUGUGUAUAAUCACCAAAAUUACAGGGGACGUAAUGGAGCACAGGGAGCCUCAGCCUCCUUUGGCUUUAUUCCUCACAAACCAAGAUAGCAUUACUGUGGUUUACCACUCACAUUCAUGCCAGAGACUGAAAAUACCAGCCAGCGGACCACUUUUAUAAGCUGUACUCCAUACACAUCCGAGACUAGUACGUACAAAGUGAAAAUUUAUGACCCCCAAAUAUAACCUACUUUGACAGCAAAAACUGACUAGUACUGUUUGAAUGUUUUGAGUGAAAUCCACUUUUUUACUUUUUUAUCUCUAAAACCAACAUCUUAACCCAGUUAAAUGUGGAAACUGCUCCAUAAAUCACUCUGCAAGUGUCCAGUCGUUUAAUAAUGCGAAGGCAAACAUGUUUUUAUCAAUGACUCAUUUGUGUGAUUUUUGCUUACAAGAAAAAGGAGUCUCGGGUGUAUUUUUUUCCAGUCAGAGCUGCAGCCAUAGCCUGUAAUUUGGGAUUUAUUUCAGGUUGGUUUUUCAAGAUUCUGCAUUCAUUCCCACUGAGUUGGUCCCUUAUUUCUUUGCUACAGUCCAACAGUCUUACCAUCAGCUGUAACAGAGAGAUGAUAGUGAGACUAGGAAGCAAAUUCUGUAUUUCUUAUUUGAUCUUUAGUAAAUGACAAUGAUCACUAACUUAAAAAAUAACUAUUUCCUAUGACAAAAACAAUAGGAAAAACAAUUUCUUGUUUCUCUUAUUGCUUUACUUGAAACAGCAACAUAAUGAAUAUAACUGACAGUGUUAUAUAGCUACAAAAAAUACAGAGGUGUACAAAGUCUUUAGUGUGCUGAAUGUCAACAUUCAGAGCAGGCUCAUGAAAACAAUCUCAGUGGAUAUAUAGUUAAGCCUAAAACCCAUCGACGCUGACACCUUCCAUCAGCGUUGCAUGCUAAGCAGCAAAUACUUUCCCCUAUUAAUCAAUGUGAUGAUGUGCGCUGUUCGAAGGAGCUGGGACACAAUACUGACAGAACUCGUCUUACACGCAUCCUGUGGGUUUUCGGCUGUAUAUAGAGCAGGCUCAAACUAUGAAAUGUGGAAUUGCUGAAGCUAGAGAACUGAACAGAGCAAUAUCUCAGACUCGCAGUGUCCAGUUCUCUGUCAACCUGUUCUGAAUGAGAAAAAUAAAAGUGUCCACACAUGCUCAGUUUGUAGUUAGAGACACAACUGGGUUUCAAUCUGUGCGGUGGCGGAGCACACCUGCCCAGAAGCCACAGAUGUUGCUGGUGUCUAGAGUUUCUGAUAUGCCAACUACUGUUAGAGUUCUUUACCUGUACGUUUUUGCCCAUGUAAUUAGUAGUGGGAGCUUCCUCCCCUUUGCCUACCACCUAAAGAAAGCAAUCGUAGUGAUGAGCCCCAAGGCUGCGUCUCCACCAGCUGCAUUAACUUCAAGCCAGUAGGUUUGCAUUAAAACAUGAUUUAAACUUAAGAUGCCAUAUGUACCCUAAUUCCAAAUGCUGUUUAUCAUAUCUGCUUUCCAUAAAAUUAAAAAAGGUAUUCAAGCAAGUUUUUGCAAUCAAUUACUUGUUACUUGUAAAAUGACUAUGUGAGACUGACUUUAUUUUUAAAAGUUAUCAAAGUCUGAUUUUCAGUUUUGCUUUCAGGACCACAAAAAUUAAAGUAUUCAAAUGACUACUCGUACAUGCUGUGUGCAAACAAGGGUAAAUGUUAUGCAAACUGUGGCUUCUUGGCUGCUAAAAUAAAUGUUUUUCUAAAUAUCCAGCUCCAAUUACCUCCAUCCUUCAGCCCUCAAGCACUUCUGUUAUGAUGACCAGCAGAGCAGCACUUUUCUUUUUAUUUGUUUCCUGGAGUUUUAGUUUCACUGUGCGUUGUUUAUGUGUUUGCAUUGAUUAAAUGUAUUUAAUUAUGCUUUCUCAAAGACAUAUUUAUUCGCAUAAUAUUCCUGGUCUUGUAUUUGUUAAGGACUUUACUUUUUCUCUUGAAUUUUCAUUGUUUCUAAAUUGGCAGCUCUUUUCUCUUACUUUCAGCCUUGUUGUUCCUCCUUGUUGGUGGCUGUACAUAAGUGUUGAAACCUCCGAAUACAUGCUGCAUUAGUGUAAGGGAACUCACACCCUUCUAAAAACUGGGGUGAGCUCUGAGUCAAAUCAAGGGCCUCAUAAAAAGAGAGACUCAAACCAUCAAAUUGCUUGUUUCGUUUCAUCUCCUUCCAAACAUUUUUUUCUUUGCUGAUUAAAAGGUACUCUGGUGAUUAGCAGGAGGGACAGUCUGCGCGUCCUGUGGUGAAAGUGUGUUGCUUAUUAACAGGCAAAGCAAAGCACCCAGAGUAACCCACAUGAUGUCUGGUCUUUUUUUCACCCCCAGGAAGAACAAAAAAAAAAGGCCACUAAUGAGGCUACAGGAAGACGAGUGUAGCUGGUGAUGAGAGAGAGGAAUGAACAAAUGAAUUAUACUGUAAACCUCAACAGUUUGAAGCUUAUCAGAACUUCAGUUCAGACUGUACUGGAAGCAUUACAAUGCACCCAUAUGAAUGUCUGUGAGGUCUGAUGGUAACUGCAUCACACCAUGUACAUGUAGGUUCAUGCUAAUCUUGUGUUUCCAUGUGAUGAUCAGUAGUCCGGAAACCUAGCCUAGCCUCCACACUCCCUCUCUUGAUUGGCCCAUCAAGGCUACUGUACUUUGAGUUCUAGUGUAGUAUGCGAUCGUAUAUCUUCUCUUAUCUUCUGUGAUGUUAUCCUGUCGGAACAGAUGAGGGGAAACUCACUGGUUGACAGUUCUCACGUAGUUUUCUUACUUCUGAAACGAAUUGUAAUCUGUGACGAUGACGUAGAGACAGGAUCAUAAGCAACAUCGUUUUUACAGCUCAAUUAAAAAUGCAACAAUGAUUUGCCUCUCCAGUUUAUCUGAUUCUUGUCUUUCUUUUUGUCAGCAGGUGUGAGCAGUAACCAGGUGGUUGUUCCUGAGAGCGUGAACGCAGUGCUGGGGAAAAACAUCACACUGAGCUGCAGAAUAGAGGUGGGCUCCAACCUCAGUCUCACACAGAGCUCCUGGGAACGUCGUCUUCCUUCAGGCACCAUUACCCUGGCAGUGUUCAACCCUGAGUACGGAAUCUCCAUUUCUUCAGAGUAUGGCAAGCGUGUCUCAUUUGUUUCCCCCUCUGUACGAGAUGCCACAAUCACCAUUGAGGGAGCUGGCUUUUCAGAUAUCGGGUCCUACAUCUGCAAAGUGGCAACAUUUCCUCUGGGCAAUACACAAGCCUCCACCUACGUUAAUGUAUUAGGUAAAGUAGAGCUCUGUCACUUCCUUUCCCUUGUUUUAAGUGCUUCUUAUGCUGUUCUUAAAUCCUCACUUUUUAAAGCAGGACAUUGUUGCUUGUGAUUAAGCAAAGCUUAGGUGACCGCUAAGUGUUGCCCUGGAGGAAUGAACUGCUCCCCAAGGCUACAUAGCUUUUUAAAUUACCUUCUGGACGGAGGCCAUGUAAACUCAAAUCCUAUUAGGAAUCUGCAGCUGUGGUGUGGUCGUGCUAUCUAAUGUCGCUCACUGAGGAAAAACUGCCAUGUCAACUUAAAACCUCUUCUCUCUCUGUUGGGCCGGCUGAAAUACUCCACAGAAGGCUCGCACAUAAACAUCGGUGCUCAACACACAGACGCUUUCCUUGUGUAGAAAACAUGCAAACAUGGUGUAAAAAUAAUCCCAGAUUGAUGCAACAGCUUAAUAGCAGGGUGUGCUGCGGAAUGACUGCUAUUACAUUCAGUUGCAUGUAACCAUCAACAUAAAAAGGCUUUAUGUUGCUAAGAUCUGCAACUAUUUCCCUUAAAGCACAGAGGAUUGCUCCUAUUUCAGCCCUCUUUAGUCUUUGUUUCUAAUUAUGAAAUUCUACCCCCCGCUAAGUAAUUGGUGUUUGUGAAGCUCGCACACGCACAAAGGAAGCAGGUUACUAAUUUGGCAAUCUGCAGUGUUCAAAAGAUAUAUUUUUAAAGAUGCUUUUCUUUAGGGUGUAAAACUUGUGUUUUCCUCCACAUAGCCCUCCCUCUGAGGAGCAUGAACAUGGGACUUCCUCUGUGGUUGGCGUGUGUUUUAAACUGUAAAUGGGUGACUGGGUUGCGCUCAGGCAGAGCUGAGGGAGGAAGGGAUUUCUCUGUAGGCAGCAGUCGCUCGUCUCUCUCCAUAGAGAGAGGAAGACUGAUGACUAAUGAGAGCGACGUUAAAUGCUGCUGUGACAGCCACGGUUCCCCGGGACCUCACAGAGUUCAGCGACACCUUGCUCCUUUCUCAGGGCUCUUUCUCAGGCAUCGUACAUGCACACCCAUUCACAAAUACAUGCCUCGGCUUACUGAUUCAGAUGUAAUUAGGGUGUAAUUACGGAGAAAAUGUGCAUUCAGUGCAAUUUGAUACAUGUCAUUAGAAUUAGGUUUUCUAUAGGGUGUUUGUCUAAGACAGAGCAGGUUACAAUUACAAGACCCAAAGUCAGCAGAUUGAUGUUCCCAAGGCAUCCUUCAAGAUUUGCUUCAUAAUCUGAGCUUUGUUUCUUAUUGACUUCCCUUGAAUCUUUUUUAAACUUUUUAUUUAUUUACAGAACAUGAGGUCAUCAUGGGUGAUACAGUUGAAAUGUAAAUAUUCUUUUAAACAUAGAUACAUAUAUAAACGCACACAUAAAUCAUAGCAAAUGCCACACUAUUCGAGGUGCAUACCCAGUCCAUUUUGCCCAGCGUUUCAAACAUUUCUCCAACUGAAGUCUUAAAACAAAAGUAAGUCUCUCACUUCACUUAAAUCUUUAGGUUUUUUUUGCAAGAAGAGAACAAGGUGGCCGUUGCCCAACAAAUGUAUCAGGCAUACCAGAUCAGGAUAUGCUCAAUAUGUUAAAGUCAAAUCGGGUUUCAUUGACACAUUGUUCUAAUGAACAGAAUAUUUGUUGAUCCAGUUUCACCUUUUUUUAAACUCAACUCAGCGCUCCCAGUUUUGAUUCAUGUUUAUACUCUGAGGUUUAUAAAAGAGCACUUGACUUCAUUUCAUUCCUUUGCAAUGAACUAAAGUGCAGAGAUGAAAAGGAUCAAAUCUAUGAAUAAUAGACCAAAGUCACGACACACUUCCUAAUGAUAAACAGGUGCAGUGGACAUCAACUUUAUAAAUCCAAAGUGAUACUCUUGAUACAAACCUUGUUUUGAGUUUAAUCAGUAUCAUGAGACACUCGGCACACAAUAUUUGUUUUGGCCUCAAGCGUUUCCUUUUCCUUUUCAUCCUUGUGUUUGCAGAUUGUCAUGGAGAAGGCUUUUAAGGAACAGUUCAACAGGAACUGAAAUACAGUAUGUGAACCAAAGUCCCCAGCAAUAAGAAGUAGGAAGGAAGGAAGGAAGCAGGAAAAUCUGACACAUACAGUGGAUGAAUUAGAAUGACCCUUUGUUUGAAAGUGCUGAUAGGUGGACAGGAAAUGUACUGAACAGCUCUCGACUUUCUCAGAAACAAAACAUGCACACGCAUACGCUUCGGCAAAGUAGAUAUCACUGAUAAGCAGAAAAACCUGCUGAUCAAUCAUCAACUUUGUGGGUUGUAUACCACAAAAUGACCAGCAAUCUGUUUUGUGAAAAGUUGUGUUUGUACAGGGUAAUGCAGAUCUCUUUUUUUUUGCCGAGUCAUAAAAUUGAGAAAUCAGCCCCCUCAGAGGGAUGGCUGAAGUUGCUUAGUCACUGGAGCCAAAAUGCAGGGAGGGUCCGAGUUUACACAGAGCAAGAAUUGUGUCAUUUCUUCUUGAGGUCUUUUUAAGUACUGUAGAUCCCCCCUGUCUCUAUGUAGGGCAGUAAUAAAGCUACAUUUUUCUUCUCUUUCUUCUUUUCUUUUAUUACCACCUCUCACACGGCUCACAGCUUAUUCACAGCUAUUAUCAACCAUACUUCCCUGCUUUGUGUAAAGUCUUGACUUUGUUCUUUCUUUUACGAAGCUGCACUUUUCGCUCUGGGGCACCAAAAAUUCUACACAAAAACGUGACUCUUUUAUUUCAGAAUUGAUUUUAGGUCAUGAUGCUGGUGUGAAUACUUAAAAUACUAUAAUUCUUCUCACAAUGAAAACGUCCCAACAUGAUGUAUAAUCAUUGAACUACCAGUUUAAUUGUGUUUUUUUUUUCCAGGGUAUCUAUCUGACGUCAGUGUUCAAUGUGCAUAUAUGCAUCGAUGUGUAUGUGGGCGGGAAAGGGCCAAUGCAGCCAAUUCGCUGAAGGGAAAUCGUUACGCUCUCCCUUCAAGCAUUUCCACUCAUGCAAAGUGUUCCCCUCCCUUCCUGACAGCGACUCCAAAUUAACACGUCUCCCUGAUUUAGUUAUUCUAAAGCUCUAGCCAGCUCUCCUCCUCACAUAGAGCAGCUACUGUUUAUAGUCAGAGGCCUGUGAGGAGGGGCAUAAAUGACUGAAGAAUGUGAGGUGGGGAACAGCGUUCCCGCCCCAGCACUGGGUACGGGGAGACGCCAGGUUAUUUUUGGAAAAACGGGGUGCCAAGAGUUAUUUGAAUUUGUUGUCAGACCUCUUACUCUCCUAUAAGGCUUCAUAUGUCUUAAAGGUCAUGGCCUUGUCCUGCGUAUUAGGCCGGUGUGUGCCCCCACGUGCAGCCUUUAAAACUGUCACCAUGGCAGACAGUCGAGCAGCUGUGUUCUUUUAAGAGGGGCAGAAGAGUUUUAUCCCUGUACUCAGAGGAAGACUUGAUUCUGAGAGGGAAACUCUGGCCACGUUACAUGGAGGUGUAAACCUGUGUAGCCAGUUUACUUCACUCCUGCUCUAUUGUGCAUGAACCCUAUUGAUGCUAUUCUAUCCUUUUUUCGUCUUGUUGAAAUUAAACUUUUGUAGAGUUUUCUAUCGCAUCCUGAGCUUUUUUUACCGCUUUGCACAACAGGUACAAAGCUCCAUUAUUUUGGUCGUGUUCCUCUUGCAUGAAUCUGUUACUGUUCUCUGCUGAGAAAAUCCCUGUCACGUUAAAACCUCCUGUUAUUCCCAGGACGCCAGUAUAACAUUACCUCAGCUCGAAAGCGCGGACAAGUGUACAGUAACUUGGCUCCUCAUUUUCCAGUACAACACAGUCAAAUACAAACACAGCACAGUGUUGAAUCUCAGUCGCCUCAGAUUCUGCAGCAAUAAGUUAUUUUCCCCCCAAAGCCAUAAACAUACAUGUGGCAUGAAUGAGCUUUUCCCUAAGCACACAGCAGGACCAAUAGAUUUGUACACUGUAUAUUUGACACAACAGUAGAGACAGACAAGUCCUCUGAAAUUCCUCCAUAUGAUUGACUAGCAGGGUUCAUCAAUUAUUAAUGCAUGUAUGUGAAAUGGAAGAAGUCAAUCUACUCUCUCAUGCAGUUGACUAUACUAAGGCCACUUCCUCUUGUCUAUAAACUACAUGAUGGACAUUAUUAAUUCAUGGCAUACACAAAAAGAUCAAUAUUCAUUUUGUAAUAAUUUCUCCAUUCUGUCACUCUCUCUCCUCCCCCUCUUCUUUAUAACUCUCUUGAAAACAGUGACGCCAAAGGUCUUCGUAUCCGCAGGCCCCACGGCUCUGCUGGAUGGCGGGAACGAGUCGCUGGUGGCCACCUGCAUAGCGGAGCGCGGCCGUCCUGCCGCCGAGGUUUUCUGGGAGACGGAGCUGUACGGGCGAAGCGAGAAGCAAAGUCAGGAUGAGGCCAACGGCACCACUACAACGCAUGUGCAUUACAUGUGGCAACCGCAGAGCUACGCCCAGGGGAAGACGCUCACCUGUGUGGUGCGCCAUCCAGCCUUGCUAACAGAGUUUCGUAUACCCUACGUACUCAAUGUUCAGUGUAAGUCAUUUAUCAUAAGAAAUCUUAAACUCCUUGUUAUAGGCAAUCUGCUGGAUGUGGUGAGAUCAUAGACUGUAUAUAGUAUGGACAGCGUCUGCCUCCUUGCUGGGUGAAGCCACUCCAAGAACAGCACCCUCUGUUGAUUGGCUGCAGUAUAGGUUAUAAAUCCCGCCUCCGCCAGCAAAGCUAAUGGAGCUGUGGACAAACUUUAGAAAUUUAUUACACAGAGUAUACAUUUUUCUCCCCCCUGCUUGUGAUGUUGACAUGUAGUUACUGUAAGACUAGUUUGUGCUCAAGUCCUCUUUUUUCUGUUAAGCUUCUUUUUUUUUUUUCUAGAAGCACUUGGAGUUAGGAAUAUUCCUCUAAAAGCUAAAUUAUUCAACCAAGCUGAGGAAUCUGGAUAUUAUACACAUCAAAUUGUCAAGAUAGAAAGAUGUUGUGAGCCACUUCAGACUGGGUAAACUUCAUGCAGUUAUACAUACAAUCUUAAAGACUUUGUUGAAUUUUAAUGCCCAGUAUUUUAAACAUGAUGAUUUGGUUUCUGAAAUGAAGAACAUAAGUUAUUAAAGUUGUUUCAUGCCGCAUAGCUUUGACUUUUAAAGCUCUCAUUGUUCAGUCCAUGAAGGUACAGUGUAUCAAUAUUUACUCAUGUUAAAAGCCGAACCACUACCUCUACUUUUGUGCUGCACCCAUAAAGAGCCUAUUUAAGAAUCAUCUUACUGUAAUUAUCAUUGAUGCAUACUUCCUCGGUGGGCAGUACUAAGGGUUAGUGUGUGUUCGGACUGUGGGAGUGCAGACUAAUGAAGGUAUUUUAUGAAAUAUUGAUUGGGCCUCAGCAGCAACACAAGAAGCAGGAGGUUGUUGGGGGGCAGAGGAUGGAGGCGCAGAAAGACCAAGGUUAAUACGGGAAGAAAGAGGCUUUCCAGUUCAAUAAAUCAUGUCAAAUGCAGAGUCGGGGGAUUUUAAGUGCAAAAGAAGCACAAUCUCAACAUCGAGCUGCGUGAAAAGGGUCAGUGGACAUGGUGAGCCGAGGCAUUUUCCUGUGAGCUGUAAUGAGUUCCUCAUUUAACCUCUAGAGAAAUCAAAAUGAGGAAUUGGAUAUCUAAGUCAGUGUUUGCCAUGUUUUAUUACAGUGGCAUGUGCUGAGCUUCAUUUAGGCGUCCUCCUACCUUCCUUUGUGCUUUUUUUUCUUUGUCAUGGUGAGGCAGUAGAGUUUAUUAUUAGCUGCAGUGUAUCUACUGUCUGACUCUGUCAUUUUCUAACUUUCCACCAACCCCGGGUCAUUUGUUUGUUCUCUUGGCUCCGGUUCGUCGGCAGAUGCUGUACCCUGCUACAGUGCUGCACAGCCUUUGUUUUUGUCAUCCCUCACUACUGCGCUUAUAAUGCACGCUUUGUUCUUUGUGGAAAAGCUCGUUUUUCAUCAAGCUGCUGGGAUCACAGUGACUGAUUAUUGAGUCUCAGUCUUUAACCCUUUGAAAUAAAAACUGGAAUGAACAGAUUUGAGGUUCAGUCAGCAGGCAAACUGAAUAGAAAACCAUCAACUAAAAAUAAACUCUUCUUUGUUUUCCAGUUGCACCAAUAGUAUCAGUGACAGGCAUUGACAAGAACUGGUAUGUGGGUCAAGAAAAUGUGAAGUUCACCUGUGGGGCUAAAGCCAACCCCCCUGUCCGUCACUUCUCAUGGAUCAGGUCAGUGUUUCUCAAGAUCUACCUCUCCUUAAUCUCAUCUGAAAUCAAUAUGUCGUCCUCAUAACGUCACAUAACAUGAACACAUUUUUCCCAGGUUGUCCUCAUUUGAUCACAUUAAUUUAGAUGGAUAAUACAUGAUCAGUUUCUUUGUUUUAAGUAGAUACAUCAUGACAAGCAAGCAGCUGAUUGGUUCAGCUUUAUGAAUCCAAACUGGCUUUAAAACAAUCUUAUAUUAAGCAGUGAGGUGGAGAGGCUUCUGUCUAUAAAUUACCUCCAGCAUAACUUGAGAGCCUGGACACUGGAGCUGUCGAAUGCACUGCUGCACCCAGCGGGAAGACUUCCUCCCUAUAAAUAAAAAGCUCCAAAUGGCUCAUUCAUCAGAACAACACUCGUGUAUUGGCAGCUCUUUGUCAUCAUCUUGCUUUGAAAACUAGAAAUAUGGUCUCAUUGAGCUGACAGUACUGGUGAAGUCCAGACAGCCAAGCCUCUUUAUUUUCCCAUUUUUUCUUCUCCAUGACGUUGAAGCCUUUCUCCUAAUGUAGAAAGAUUUUCCCCUCCGCUGAUGAGAGGGCAGUCAGCCCAAAUGAUCUGUCAUGUGAUUGUAAAAAAGCUGCAAAAGGCCUGUGAGUCAAAACAAACAGCCUAAAAGUGAACAGAGUAUUUUCAGUUUUACUUUUAUAGCUCUGAAUGUGAUGAACUUUACUCUCUAAGAUUUACGUAAUAUUUCUUUUUUUGCUCAGGUUGGACGGAUUGAUGCCUGAGGGUGUUGAAAACAUAAACAGCAGCUUUGCUUUCACUCGCCCGUUGGAGCGCAAUGACUCUGGAGUUUACCGCUGCGAAGUGCUCAACGACAUCGGCCUCCGCUAUAAAGAUGUAAACCUCUGGGUGCAAGGUAUGUUUAGACUUUUCAAGUGCUUUAGGAGCUUUUUUUAACCGUUUGUUUACUCUGAAAAUACCUUUUUAACCCCUGAGGUUAGAAGUGAAAUCUGCUCCUCUUGACAUUCAUCGAGCCUUUCUGAUGUAAGAUUAGCCUCUCAGUACGACCAGCCCUCAGUUCAACACUUCUAGCAGAGCUAAGCCUCCACAUAAAUGUCCCUGCCCAGAUCCACUUUCACACAUUCCUGGCAACAGAGGAGCACGAAGAGCAGAUAAAGAGUAUCGGUACCAAACAUUUCCACUGUUGUGGUUUUGGCAACAUUAGAUUUUUCAGAUAGGAAGAGGGUGUUUACCCCCGCUGGUUCAGCAGAGUAUGCACUCUUGUAGCUUUUUUUCCUCUUUGUUUUGUUUAAGGUCAAGUUUCACAGCUGAACACGGUGAAUUAUGUUCACAGAUUUGCAGCACGCAGACGGUUGUGUGCGAGUCCAUAGAAUUUGUUGUUCAACAGUAAAUUGUGCUCUGAAAGCUGUUUGAAAUGUGAUCAAGUUGUUUAGUUUAAUUCAGUGUCUCAUAGAAACUGUCAGCCAUGAUGGAGACUUCCCCGGAUAAUCCACGAGGGAUUCCCAGCACUUGAUUUGUUCAGUGCUGUUGAUUCACUGACAUAAACGCUUGUCAGAAAAGUCGUAAGGUUGUAAACAACUCCUGUCUGCUUCCUCUGUCUGUCCACAGUUUGCUACUCGAGUUCAUUAUGGUAAAGUCAGGGCGUGGAUCCCUGAGAACUCUGCAUCUCUUUUUUAUUUUCAUUCCUCCUCUGCGCCUUUUAAUCCUUCUCCAAACAAAGCAACUGCUGCUCUUGGACCCGUACUUCACUUGCACACACACAUGAUUCUUUUUGUUUCUCACUGUCUGGAGGGAAAAACUGGAGGAGCCCCAAAAAAAGGGCUGUCAGCCUCCAUCUGUGUGCGGGCCUGGUUUCUGAGUCCCGCUCCAAACGAAAGCACAGCUGACAUCCUGUCCAGGACUGACUUACACAGGGCAAUUAUCUUGCUUCUCUUGUCAGAUAUUAGGACUCGGGCAUGCGGCCUCUCACAUCCCUCCCCCGUGGAGAUAGCCAGGUCGAGCUCAGUUUUGCUCCCUCCCCCCUUCAUGGCUGCCUGGUGUAGCAGUUUCACAUGUUGUCCGUCAGCUUUGUAGGCUUUGGCUGCUCUUCUAGGAGAUGAUUGGCUGUAUGUUCGCAGACACACAUACAUGAAGUCAAAGUGCUGCAUUGCAGAGUUGGAUCGCUGACUGACAGCGUAGAGCAGAGGUGGGCAAUUAAUUUUUACAUGGGGCCAAAUUAGAAACUGGAACUGUGUUGGAGGGCUAAACCAACAAUAACGUCAACCUUUUUCUGCUCAAUAUUUAUUAUCUCUCAUCUUAAAAAGCAGUCAUUUAAACCCACAGACAUUAUAUAAGUAAACGCCUCAUUACUUGCUGGAGUGUAAUCCAUCUCUGCUUUUGUGGGGAGAUAAUCAGUUAAAAUCUGAUAAACAGAAGCCCAAAAAACUUCAAUCCACGGCUCACAAGUUUUAUAAGCAAUUUCUGAGAAAAACAAGCCCAAGUCGCUUUUAAUAAGCAGACUUGACAACUACGAGGUGUCUACAUAUAUUAUGUCUAUGUUUAAACCUGUCUCUGUUCACGACUGCAGAUCUAGGAUGUACGUACGUGCGUCCAAACAGAAAUAAAACAAUGGCUAGGUUUUCAAAAUAAAAGCAAAACACUUGUAGAGCAUAUCCACGAUCUGCCCUCGGGCCGUAAAAAUGCCCAGGUCUGGCGUAGAGGGUUUCCGCUGCAUUGGUUCACUGACUUUGAUUCGCUCUAUUAUCCCCCCUUAUGCUCUUACUUUACCCAUGAUCCUUCAUGCUCACACACAGUGAAUAAUUGCAGGUAAUUGGAUUCUUACUCUGUAACACAAAUUGUGGAAAUCAUUAUAGCUCUACAGGGAAUCCAGUUUUGAUAACUGCCGCCUGAGCCCCUCCCGGAGAUGCAGACCUUUAAUAGUGUGAGUCAUUUUGCUUUGAUGUGCGUGUGCAGAGAUCGACUCUUCGCCCCAGAGGCUGGAGGUCAGAAUGGAGACACUUAUCCUAACCUUGAGCUCCUCACAGCCUGUUUUUUCCCCCUCUGACUCUGGCUGCUAUCACAAACACCAGCCACCAGAGGACGAAUCAGAUCCUGGAACCUCUCAUCGAUCACACAGCGUUUCAUCUUCUCACAUGACUUCCCCACAGCGGGCUUGAGAAAAGAAAAGGGAGGGAAGCCAAUCACGCUCACUCAGACGCUCAUGAGUGCAUGUCCUCCGUCCGCCUCUCUCUUUCUGUCUCUCAUCCACACUCGCAGUGACAUUUAGCACUUAACCUCUCUCUGCCCCUCUCACUUCCUCCUUUUUGCUCAACUGCGCAGCUUUCAACAGAUUUGACGGUCUCAGGAGACUCUUGUCUCCGCUCCAACGCGGAACACUUUUGUUAUAAAUUAAUCGAGAAACCAUUCGGUCUUCCUUUGCCAAUCGUUACAGAACAUAAAGUGAGGGCCGGCUCUACUUUAUUUUUAUUACUCCUCUCUCUCUCUCUGUCUCUCUCUCUCUCUCUCUCUCCAUCUGCUGUUCUUCCUCUGUUUAAAUCUUUUCGUCACCUUUGUUCUGCAGAUCCUCCCCCCACCACAGCCGCCCCCAGCACCACCGCAUCCCACCUCCAUGACACCUCUGGAGUGGGCACAGCCGUCGACCAGCAAACGGCCCUCUUCACCUCGCCGACACUGGCCUCCUUACCUGACAGCAGCCUGGGGACCAUAGUGGGCGGGGCAGUGGGAGGAGUUUUAUUCCUGAUUCUCCUGCUGAUCCUGGGCGGGGCCUGCUUCAUGCGACAGCGCAGGACCUUCAGAGGGGACUACUACACCAAACAGUACCUGGGACCCUCUGACAUGCAGAAGGAGUCCCAGCUGGAUGUGCUGCAGCCGCACGAGCUGCAGGAGGUCUACGGGGACAAGACGAGCAAAGGCAGCCAGGACCUGAAACCAAAACUGGGCGGAGACAUCAUUUACCCCGACUACACCCCCGAACGGAAGGACAGGGAUAACUGGGUCGAUAACAGGGGGGAUAACCACAGGGGGCUCAAAGAUGGCAACUACUAUCCCGAUCACUACAACAACCAAAACAUGCACCCCUGUGGGCCUCCUGUUCACAGCACCAUUGUGAACAACGGCUCCCCCUACCUCCCGGAGGACUGCUAUGACAAUGGUACAGACAGCGACUAUGUGUCCCACAUGGACGGAUCAGUGAUCUCUCGCAGGGAGUGGUAUGUUUGAGCGGAAAACGAACAUGUGACUGAGAAUAUUCAACAAGUGAGAGACGUAUCAUCAGAGGUUGUUUCAUUUCAGUUUAAGGAUGAAGAUGAUUUCUCAGCCCAGAUUAACACUGGUCUGAGCUCUUUGAACAGUACUGCUCUGCCUUGAUUGUAACCACUUAACCUUAAGGACGUGUAUGUGGACGUAUCACACUCCUGUAGUGUCUCGAGGAGCUACAAACGAGCUGGACACCCUCCCCCUGAUAUUAUCUGUGCGGGCUCCAGACACUCUGACAUACCGUGAAGUUUCGACUGACGUGAACGAGGUUUUGUAUUCUGCUUGUUUGUGUUCGCACCUGUCUUCAACACAGGUCAGAGGUGGACCGUUCAGACCCUUGUUAGUGAAGUAUUUAUACCCCUGACUGUCUGAGCUCUCUUCUCUUCAAACCUCUCAACUUCUGUGGCAUUUUGAAAAACACUCUGUCGAUUGCUUACAGCAUUUUCACUGCACAGGUGAGAUGAUCAUCAUGACUGCAGUCAGUAUUAGUGCAAAUUAUAUUGCAUGAUUUUUUUUUUUAUUAAAAAUGAUUCAUCAGGUUAAAGGGAAGUUUGGCAGUUAAAUGGUUAAAAGGGAGGAUUUAAUGAGGAAAAACAGACUGACGCUAGUAACAGAAUAACACCCCUGUCCUGUAAACUUGUCGAUGGCGAUGUUUCUCGGUUGCUUUUGCAGACUUUUGUAUUUUUCUGUAAAUAAUUGUUAAAAUGGCAAACCUGUAACCAGCAGAGAAACUGUGGUGGUAAAAAGAGGUCGCCUCCUGUGAAAGAGCUCGUCCUGUCAGCUUCACUUUAGCUCAAAGAUGGCUCUGUUCUGUAAGCUUUAAUCCUCCGGCUUUCAGUUCGAAGUUUAUUUGUCGACACCCUUCUGUAUUAAAGUAACAGUCAAAAAAGGUGGGAAACACUCCUUGAAGAGCUGCUCAGUCAUAAACGAAGAGGAGCAGCUGGUGUAUCUGUUUACAGGGCGGCCAAACAGUCUCACCUUGUUUUAAUACAGACAUCAGUCGAUGGCAGUUACAACCACAAUCAGGUUUCAUGCUGUACAUGGCACAAGUAUUUUCCCCCUCGAUAGUUAGCGCUGAGAGCAUGGAGCGGCGACACCUGCGGACCUUCAUCAUGCAGCUCAGUGAAGCUGCUUCUUUGUCUUCCAUGAAUCGCGUGACAGAAAAACGCAGGAAAUGUUUUGUUUUGUUGACACACUUGUGAUGAAUUUGAGCAGCAGGAGUAGCAGAGAGAUCAAACACUAAAGCCAUCAACCGUCUCCCCAGUUUACAGCGCACCGUAAACAGUGAGGCUGAGAGCAAUAACAUGAAACCGUGCCAGACGAUGAAUGAAUUUGUUAACCUUCUUUUCCUCGAUCCACGAAAAGUGACCUUGAUUAAGAUUAUUCAUGUACAAUGUUGGAGAAAACUUAUAUUAGAAGUGAAACCCUGAUUUCAUAACAAAAUACAAUGUUGGAAAAAACUUAUUUUGAUGGUUUAAUAAUUUUAUAGAGUCCAUAUUAUUGCAAAGAAAACAAAAAAGGCUCAUUUCAAAUUUGAUGCCAUCAACAUAUUUCUGAAUAUUUGGGACAGGAGCAAGUUUACUUCAUUCUUUCAGCUUUUUAUUAAUUUUGAGUUCCUAUUUUUCAACAUUUUUUGUCUGCAAGCAUCAAAUGUGUUCAAUAGGUGAGAGGUUGGGACUGUGUGCCGGCCACUUUAGUACCCAGACUCUGAAACGUUGUAGUUUGGCAUCCUCUCGCUGUAUCAUGCAAAGCUUUCUUGGAAAAAAAAAACGGCGUUCCCAGAAGACGGGAUCGAUUCAGCAUUGAUGUUGCCCUCCCAGGUGUGUAAACAAGCUUUACCAUGUGGCGCCUCUGCAUCCACAUAUCGUCAGUAACUGUAAGCGCCCUGAUAACAAGUCAGGUGGUCCAUGAAUCCCAAAAAGAGUGUUGAAUUUUGAUUAAUUAGGCCUCAAAGCAGUUUUCAACUUCACUUUAGCCAGUCGCCUGUGAUUCCUGAUUUCAUUGUACAGCUUUAACCUGCAUUUGUGGAGGCAGCAGCAAACUAUACUCACAUUAAGCUGUUUUUGGAGGGGAAUCUGAGCUUGUGUGGUGAUUUCCACUGCAGAGUUAUGUCUGUCCAGUAUCAGUUAACCCUUUAUUUUCAAGUAUUACUCAUUUUUCAGUGUUUUGUUGCUCCUGUCUUAACAGUUUUUCAGUUUAUUGACACUUUCAAGUUAUAUUCCAGGCUUCAAAUAAUUUGCAAACCAUCAAAUUCAGUUUUAAUCAACAUCUUACGCAGCACCUUGACUCUAAUGAAAGUGGGGUUGUUAAGACUUAAUGGGAAACAGUGAAAAGCUAUCGCCGCAGACUCUUGACCAUAAAAAGAGGGCUGUAAUUUCAUGAGAUUUCUAUGAUUUUUACCAUUACUGAAUACACAAUCAUUAAUGAAAUGCGUCGAGUUUUAUUUCGUGAAAAAGCACAACUCUGUCAUUACAGUUGUCAGUCAACAUCAAAGGAAGCCAAGCAGGCCUCAGCUUUCUCCACUUAGCCAUGAUAACAGGCUCCAUCGCUGUCUUUUCCAUUUUCCCUCCUCUGAUUUCUGUCUGCAGGACUAACACCAAUUGGUCAUUAUAGCUUUUUAUUUUAAACAUGGGAUCAAAGAAAUGUGUUAUAAAUACCAUAUGUGACUAUCACAGCUGUCAUCAUCUGAAGUUAUGCGGCUCCGUAAACCACCAACCGUUUCGCUGCUGCCGCUCGACACCCCUCAGUCGUGAUCCGUGUCUGUAAACAAGCAAAGUAAAAGAGGGCCAGAAGAAGAAGAAGCAGUAAUAAACUGAUCCUUCUGCUUCAGUUUGUGUGCGUUUGAAGUAAGAUUGCGCGGAUACCUCACAGCAGAGUUGGAAACAGUGCGAGCAGCUGACAUCACUUGUGAUCACAGAGCCGGCUGUAAUGUUGGGGUUUGGCUCCUCUGCAGCGUCUCUGAGGAUAUUCAGCCAUCAUGGAAACUCGAAAUUUAAUCCAUGAGUGAAAGAAGCAGCUAGGUUAAAGCUGUCCGUGUAAUAGCUCCCCAAGGGAUAUGUAUAUUUUUCUUCUUUUUUUCCUCCAAACAACAAACCCAGCAACGUGGAGCUGAAACAAAGAGCUGACAUCAUCCCUGAUCUCAUCUCUCACUGCUUGAUUUGACCUUACACUUUUCCACUUAGUGCUCUUUUUUUUUCGUUUCCUCAGGAAUGAUACAUGGAUUAAAGCGACCUCUGCAAAGCCGCACAUGAAAGAGAAAACAGACCCUUUCUGGAAAGAUCCCUGCUUAGUCAAUCAGGCUGUUUGUAGCUAGAAGAAGGAGUCAUAUAUGCGUGUUCCAGUCUGAGGGGGUUGGGUGUAUUUUUGAGGUCUUUCUUAUUGGGGUUUUUAUAGAUUCUGGGUGCACAUUUGUUUUCCCUUCCUUUUUUUUUUUACCCAUCUCCACCCUACUUCUCCUAAGCUGGGGCUUUAGUUCGAAGGUUUAGAUGUCUGAGAGUACUUAACCCCCCGCUCUCACCAUCAUCGUCACACACACGCACCCGCCCGCCGCACAUCUGCCACUGCAGCCCACAUUCAAGGAGCAGCCCUCACCUCAAGCCUUCAGCUUUUAAUUAACUUUUCAUUUUUUCUCUCAUUGCACUUGGCAACUGCAUCGGCUCCAGCUCAGUGAUAUAUAGCUUAUCCGCGUCUGCAUGCACACAUUUUUUUCUAAUCAGCUGAUUCAUGGCUGUCAACUUGUUUCUAAUUUGGUGAAAUCGCUGUCUCUGCUCCAAAAAAAGGAUCUUCCUCUUCUUCUUCUCUAAGAUGUGUCGGAUGAAAAGCGCUGAAUCGAUGAAUGUUUUUGUAAAGUUCAGCUCUGGUCGCCCAUCAACUGUUAUGCAUGUAAAUUAAGUUAUUCGCCACUUUCCACGUUCAUUAUUUCUCAUCACUAAUGUUUAAAUACAUGUACAUAAUGCUGGUAGGUUAGCGUAGGAUUAGCUUUUUUUGAUUUCUAUGUCGGUGUACAGUUUGUUCUGGUCACCCCUACUGAAUAGUUGGUGCCUUAGAUGGGCUGAGAAAUGCACAGAAACUUUUGAGACAACAACGAUUACUGAAAGCAUUAAUAUAAAGGAUAUCAUUGCAGAGGAGGACUGUCCGUUUUUUAAGUCUUCCAUCUUGAUAUUUAAGAUUUGCUGGUAUCAAAACAUCAAAACUGACAAAAGGUUGAUUGUCAUGCCUUAUAUACUUUGAGAGGACACGUGUAACGAGUUAGUUACUGAGAAAUCGUACUAAGUUUCACUGGGAUUUUUGGCAAGCCAGAUUCAUAGAAAAUAUUAUUGUCCUGUAAAUAUGCUGGCUGUUGUUUUUUUUUUUUUUUUAAUAAUUAUUGGGAAAGAAACGUAUUUUUUUGUAUGAGGUCUGUAAUUUUCACAGAGUAUUAGUUUUUCUUGUGAGCGUUCAAGCAGCUUUUGUCUCAUGAAAACAUUAAAGAUGAUGAUGCUGAUUUCACUGCAUUUUUAUAUUUCUUCUCGGGAGUUUCUGACCAAUUAUUUUGUAUGUGUUUUUGUUUUGUUUUUGCGAAUGAGUGAUGUCUUGCAGGAAUCAGACAUGGAAGUGUGACAGAUUGUAUUUUGUUCUUUUGUUUGCAAUAAAUAACUGUCAUUAUUGCACUCAAAUGUGUCCGUGCGUUCUACAUUCAGAGAGAGGUUGGAAGGUAAAGCUCCUGUAAGGAACUUUUUGUAUCACUUGAGAGAGGGAUAAGAUUCUGCUUUUUUCACAUUUUUAAAACAAAUUUUACCGUUCCGUAUUUUUCGCACUAUAAGGCGCACUUUCAAUCCUUUUGGCUUGUCGGAGCACAGCAGCUAUUGUAGCCUCGCGGAGUUACUGAAUGAGUUAGAUAAAGUUUGAUGUAUCUGACUGUUUUUUUGUCUUAAACUGCUUUAUAAUCCGGUGCGCCUUUUGUAUGAAAAUAGACGCGUUCAUUGAUGGUGCACCUUUUAAUCAGGUGCACCUUAUAGUGCGAAAAAUACGGUAUCUUUCGGGUCAUAUAGUGCACUGGAUAAGGCGCACUAUGAAUUACCGUGUCUUUGUUCACACAUGAAGCACAACGGAUUGUAAGGCGCAUUAAGCAAAACAACACAGUCCAAUAAAUCAAACUUUAUUUAACUCAGUCUGUGCUAAGUAGUUAGCUCAUAAGCUAACCUGUUCAAAUACAACAUACCAUAUGUAUUUUCACUGUCUCAAACUCAGUCACAUUGCUGUCACAGCACCAUUAGGUCUCGGUUGUUCCCUUACGUUUAUGGAUUAUAGUUUCAUGUUCUUAUCUGGUACUGACCCCGACUCAGUACAUGCUACCAUGACAGACAGACAUCUCAACACUAGAGUCUAAUCAGAACUGAAAAACACUCAGUCUGCUGUUGGCUCAGUCUUCUCACUUCACCCUGGACGCGUCUUUUUUUCCCCCCAGAAAGUCGCAACAUUGCAUCGUGCUUGAUGUGUAUAGUCAGGCGUGUCAAAAUUCGCCUCUGAAUAUUUUGUGAUUUCGCGUCGUAUAUUUGCAUCUUUCCCGGUGUGUAAGGACCUCUAGUGGAUGUCAGGCCUAUACAUGAGCAAAGUUUCAAAUCGUAAGGUUGGUGCAUGUCGAAGAAAUCCCCAGAAGGGACAACGGAGUGUUCUGCACGGCUUGUGCAUAAACUGACAUGAGAAUUCAGUGAGAUCAAUAUGAGAUUUGCUGAAAUUUUCACAUCACCAGACGAGGAAUCUCCUUAAAAGGGCAAAUUUGUCAUAUCACAGAAAGAACCAACUUUGCUGCGUGGCAACAGUGAAGAAGGCUGCCAGAAUGCUGGAUUCUAGAAUGCAGUGGAGGCCUUAAAGGGACAGCGUCUCAGACAGAGGCUGAAAUGAGAGUUUUUAAAGUCAGCAGACUGAAAUAUGUGAAGAAUGUGUCGAACUGUAACUAUCAGAGGGACGAUAUAGAGCCAAUAAACACGCUCGACUUCUUUUAGACGUUUUCCCUUCGUCUCACGAUAACCUUUAUGGAUAACCAACUGUUAUAUAAGCAACGCCUCCUGAUUCAGUAAUAGUCUGUGUUAUAUUUGGGCAAAUUCCAUCUGCAGAGGAAGAAAAACACACAGGUGGGUUUGCUGUAAACGUCGAUUUCCUUAAGUACUUUGACAUCUGUCCUUUUUUUGGACAGCAGUAGUUGAUGAUUUAAAAGCUUCAGUCAGACACGGACAUGAAUUUGGGUUAUGGACUCUAUCUUACUUUUUACUUUGAGUUGGAUUCUGGUUUUUCUGUUUGCAUAAAGCAGUAGAUCCCCAAGAUGCCUCUUUAGUUAUGAAUCCCAUUAGCUUACCUUUUUGAUUGUCCAUAAUUUAUAUAAUCUAUAUCCUGUGGAUGAAAACUGUUAAAGCCUGCAGCGCAGCAUUGGUCUCCUCUUUCAAAUCGUUUUACCCCGGGGUUAUAAGUCUUAUCUUUUUCUCUUUUAAUUAAAAUUCUCGUCCCUAAGCGUCUUUUUUUCCUCGCAAUCUAGACGGAAACAAAGCAAUUAACUUUGUGAUUUUAGGUUCCUUUAAGUCACAUACACAGACGCCUGUAUCAUGUAUGGUGAUGUGUGUUUGGGUCAUUUAGGCUGGUGCUCAUCAGUCACUGUCACCCUCAGCCUCGUCCGCCGUCCACACCUGCGAUAGUGACGAACUGACCCAUUACACGCAACUCUUCAUCCUGUCCAACUCAGCACCCUCUUCAUCACGGAGAGUCUCUGUCACACCUGCAUGAACCAAACGCUCACUGACCACCCACAAGUCCAACCCGUCACCCAUUCAGUGAGCGAGAUGCCUCCCCCUCCGUAAAUAAAGUCGAUUUAUGACCCUAAAAUCAUGCCCUGGAAACUUUUACAAAAGAAUUUACAAACAGAAUCCCUAAUCCAGACCCUCCCGCUCUAAGUGCCUGUGUUUAAUCCCCGGUGUUGACCUGGCUUUGGAGGUGGCACAAACACUAUCAACAUGUGUUGUUUAGCAAAGUGACAAUCGUCCCCUCUGGUCCAGAUUAAGAGCAGAAGGAGAAACCAGAUACCUAAUCCUCUCUGGCAUGUCGGACAGAAAUCUCCCUUCCUUGACUUCACUUUCAUCACUUCAGCCACGUCCACGUCGCCCAUCCCGGCCCAAAAAGCACUCACUCUGUUAUCAUGGCGCGAGCUGACUGGGAUAACCCCGGCCUAAUCCAUCACUGCGACCAUCUGCAUGUUUGUGCAGGCGCAGCGGGUAAAUAACGCCGUGUUGGUGGGCUUGGGUUACCUUCCCUUUUUCCUUUUCUGGGGUUUUUUGGCAGAUGGCUGUGAGGGGCAUUUUUUCACACUUAAUGAAUCCGUCAGCAAAUGUGUUUAGUUUUGUGACCUCGUAAAGCAGCAGCAGGUCCUUUCUUGAAACAUUCCUACAGACCCCACCCAAAGAAGUCAAAGCGGGGAGCAUCAAACCGUAACCUUUCGAUACUAUUCUCAUAAAAAUACCUGUUUCUUCCUCCUACAGUUGUUCUCUUUUGUUACCUUUCAUGACUUAUUAAUUCAGAGUGAAGUUUAAAGAUGCGGCCACCUCCUCCUCCUCCUCCU